AUGGCCAACCGAGCAGAGGCCGCCGUCGUCGCCGCAGCAGACCGGGAGGGUCUCCAGAACCUCUUCCUCGACGCCGCACGCGUGCUGAUGCUGUUCGGCGCGGUGGCCACCGUCGGGAUCGGAACCCCCUCCGCCGACCCCAUGCAGGCGUUCCUCGGCCUUCUCCUUUGGCUGCUCGGCGUGUGCCUGCUGGCCCUGGUGGUGGUGCCGGCGGCAGGACGUUUCCCGCACGCCGCACUGCCCGCCGUCGCCAUCCUCAAGUACUUGUUCACUCUGUGGAACUAG